AUGGAUGAAGAUGAAGUUUUUGACUGGGCACCAACACAAGAAGGAACAGAGCGGUGCCUGGCAUGCUGCCCCUGGGAAUCUGAGCCCACAGCUGUGGGGAAGAGCAGGAGAGAAGCUGCUCCGGAGGCAGGAGCUGCAGAGCGUUGCAAGGACCCAGCCAUAGACCCGUCAAGCUGCUCUCUGGGAGAYUCCGAGCCCCUGGACGGGUACAUCCAGAGCGCGCUCUCCGCGCUCUACCCGCCCUUCGAGGCCACCGCUGCCACCGUCCUCUGGCAGCUCUUCCGCGUGCUGGACAGGCCGUACCGGGGCGAUGGCCUCCGCUGCCUCCUCGACUUCCUCGUGCCCGCCCAGAGAGCCCUGCAGCGCGUCCAGCGGGAGGCGUGCGCCAAGUACACUGGCCUCAUCUUCUACCAUGAAGGCUGGCCCCUGUGCAUCCAUGAGAAAGUGGUGAUACAGUUGKCAUCUCUGCACCGCGUCUGCUUGAAACCGGGGGACUUCUACCUGCAGGUAGCCCCUGCGGGGAAGCAGCUGGCCAGGCUGGUUUUAAAAUGCCUCUCCAGGGGUGGGCAAGGAAUGGAAGAAGUCACCAUACCUGAAGCAAUGUAUGGCUGCGUUUUUACGGCGACGUUUCUGGAAAAGCUCAAUGAUGAAAGAGAGAAUUUUCCCUUGAGGAGCUGCUUGCUGACAACGGGCUCAGCCGUGUAUAGGACCCCGUGGAAGAACAUCGUUAACCCCAUCUUUGUUCCCACGACUGAAACCAUCCUGUGCAAUUACGCGGGGAAUCCCUGCGACCGGCUCCUCAGCGAUYCCGCCGAUGCCCUGACCCACACCAUGGAGAGCAGCAGCUCGUGUGACAGCUCCACUUCCAGCGAAACAGCCUCCACCGUGAGAGAAGCCCCCAUCCCAAAGCAGCCCGGUGGCCUCAAGAGCUCCGUGCCGGCCCCGGGGAGCAGCCUGGCACUCGGGAGCACGAGGGCUCCCGAAGGCGCCGUCAAGGCCGACCCUGUCGAUGGCCGUGUGAGCCCAGAGGCCUGGCCCCUCGCCAAGGACAGAGCUGCUGGGCCUGGAAAGGACCUCGUGAUUUUAAAAGGUGACACAYUGUCAUCCAUGGUGGAACUGGAAAAAGAGAGCCUUGUGCGCAGCCUCCCUUUGGACGGGGAUUUGAGCGGGCCGUGCCCGGCAGGGCCGCCGCGCAGGGACUCGGCGCGCCUCGAGGCGAGGCGCUUGCUCAGGAAGUCGUACAUCGAGGCGCUGCAGAAUCCCAUGAACGUCAGCUUCAGCUCCAAGGAGUCCGUCGUGGAAGAGGAAGCUUCAGAGCACGGAGCCGACCCRUGUGCUGCGAACGAAGGCAGAGCUUGUGAGGGUCAGGCAGAGAAGGGGAACUUCUUAUUUGGUAGGCUCCUUCCAAAGGACGACGUGAAGAAAGGCCUAAGCCUUGCUGAUUCUCCCCUGGCUUUUAAGAAAGUGUUUGCACCUCCUGAAACUCCGUCUGCAGCGGAGUGCAAGGCAGGGCCGAGACUCUCGCGCUCCCUGGACAGGGCGCACAGAAGUCCACGUCUGUCAGAUCAGAGACCUGACAAGGUCCUGCACACUGUGUCCGAUGGAAACCCCAAAAGGUUGUUAAAUGGAUGUGUUUCGAGGCCAGGAAAAUUGGAUUCUGGGUCGUUUUCCACUCCUGUGAGAAGCCAUAAGCACAACAAAGGAGAUGAAGGCCCUUAUCAGCACUCGACAGCAACCCCUGCCAAACCCGGCUUCCAGGGAGGAGAGGGUGACGCAGCCGCGGAUACCUCCCCCGUUCUGGCGCUCCGUGACCGCGACCUGCUCGCUGCCAACGCGGGCAGCCUUGGCCACAGGCUGCCACGGCAGCUGCUCGACACGGACCAGGAGCUGCUGCAGGCUGGAGUCCUUUCCCUGUGCGGUACCAGAGACAGGAGCGGCCGGGCGGUGAUACAGGUCUGCACAAGACACGCCAUCUGGCUGAAAGAGCAUUGCACGAGUGCAGCAAUUGCUCGUCUUCUGAUGUAUCUGUACAGCAUCCCCAGGAAGGAGGUCCGUGAUUUGGGAAUCGUUUUGCUGGUGGAUGCACGGAAGUGCCAGCCUCAUUCUUCUCUUUUCAAAGCAUUAACAGCAAUGCAGAAUGCAAUUCCUCAUUCAAUUCACAGUGUCCUUUUAUUGACUGAUAAGGAAUGUUCUUCUAGGCCGGACCGGGACAUACCAAUUCAGUAUGAAAUUCUGACAUCCCUGAAGGCCCUGAAUAAGCUUAUUGACUGCACGCAGUUGACAGCAGAAUUUGAUGGAACAUUUCAAUAUAACCACAAUGACUGGAUAUGUUUCCGAAGGAAACUGGAACCCUUUAUUACAGACUGCAGGGAGGCCACUGGCUUUCUGCAGGACGCGGUGGGCUCCCUGACAGCCAACAGAACCCUCAACACUGCCCAGGAUGUAUGUGACUUAAUCAGUAAGCACAAGACAAUGAUGAAACUCGUUUUGGAAGAUGCCUUGUUAGUAACACUGAGGCUAGAAGGUGGAACAGUCCUUGCAAGACUAAGAAAGGAGACCUGCCACACAGAAGACUAUCGGGAUGCCAUAGAGAUUGCAACAAGACUUUAUAAUCAAGUGGAUGAGGAAGUCCAUAGGCUGGUGCUCUUAUCUAAUAAAUGCCUGCAGCAGUUGGAGAAUCUUGCAGAAACAAGAAAAUUUGAAGAAGGCUGCGAUCAGAUAAAACAGUGGUUUGAAAAUGAGCGAGAGAAAUACCUUGGCUGUUUAGAUCAAGAGGGAUUUUCACUGGAAAAGGUGAGGAAGCUGCAAGAAGAUUUCCAAGAUUUCAUGGACAAGACRAAGCACUAUUAUGAGAAAGGACUGCAGCUGGUGCAAGGAAAUCAUCCACUAAACAUGGAAGAGAAAGUUCAGAACUUCAAGAAAUAUCUGAAUAACAUUUUCAUUCAGACGGAGAAGAGGAAGACUGAGCUGACAAAGCUGGUCAAUUUGUAUGAGUUUUAUGAGAUGGCACAAGAGUGGAUGUUACAUUGCAGUGAGUGUCUUGCACAUUUAACCGUGGGGACCAGGUAUUCUCCAUCUGUGAUACAGUGCCUGCAAACCUAUUAUGAGGAAGGUACAAAACUUUCUGCAGAGAACUUUAAAAAAAUGAGUGAGAUGAUUUUAGCUCUGGGAGGCAAACAAGAACAAAAGCAGUGGCAGGUUUUGGGGCUAAAAUGCCAGCAAACAAGGCAUCGUUUAGGAGAAUUUCUGUCUGAAGCCUUCCGAGAUUCCAACAGGGAAUGCAUUCACAAAGUUCUCAAGGAACGCACUACAAAGAGAAAUGAUGGCUUUGAUGUUGGAAGUCAGGCCCCUGGGUACCCCUCUUCUAAUGACGAGGACAGUAUUUGGGUGGACAAAGCUAAGCCUGUACACAGGACUCGGCCACUAGAAGCACCGUCUUUUUUAGCCUUUGGGACCUCAAACCAACCAAUGGAAGCAGCCAUGGAAAUACSUGCAUCUCCCCUCCAGUGGCUUGCUUCCCUUCCAGGUGAGCUUGAGAAGAGGAGCUGGAAUUCAGAGGACGUGGACGGUGUUUGCAGCGCACRCUCAGCCCCCUCGUGCGCUGAGCCCAUCGCCUCGCCGCCGGCCCACCACAGGAGACAACCCCACAAAAAGAUCAUGAAGAAAACRCAGAGCUUUGAGCUCGGGCAGCAUGAAAGCAGCCACGGCGAAGUUCAGCACCGUGGCUGCACUGGAGUGCAUAUCAAAGGACUCGAGGUAGCCAGUAAUAACACCAGGGAAACAAAAUACCUGCAGUGCUUCAAUAGUAGAAGCCCUUUGAUAAGUAGAAACCGGAGUUUAUCCUCCCCGUCAAGGAUUCACCAUGUGGAAGAAGAGGAUAAGAAAAGAAGCGGAAGCAACAAAGUGCAACACAUAAUGGACGAGAUGAUCACAACAGAAAGGGAGUAUGUUAGAUCCUUAGGAUAUAUCAUCAACAACUAUUUUCCAGAAAUGGAAAGAACUGAUUUACCUCAGGAUUUACGUGGGAAGARGAACACUAUCUUUGGGAACCUGGAGAAGCUCUACGAUUUCCACUGCCAGUACUUCCUAAAGGAGCUGGAGCGCUGCCGCGAUGUCCCGCUGUGUGUCAGCCACUGCUUCCUCAAACAYGAGGAACAAUUUGGCAUGUAUGCUUUAUACAGCAAGAACAAGCCCCAGUCAGAUGCCUUGCUAACCAGCCAUGGAAAUGCGUUCUUUAAAAACAAGCAACAGAAUCUGGGAGAUAAGAUGGAUUUGGCCUCCUAUUUGCUGAAGCCCAUUCAAAGAAUGAGCAAGUAUGCACUCCUCCUGAAGGACAUGAUCAAGGAGUGUAAGAAGACCCAGGAGCAGGAACUCAGUGACCUGAGGGCUGCUGAGGAGAUGGUGAAAUUCCAGCUACGCCAUGGAAAUGACCUGCUUGCUAUGGAUGCCAUUCAAGGGUGUGAUGUCAAUUUGAAGGAGCAAGGGCAACUGCGAUGUCAGGAUGAGUUUAUUGUUUGCUGUGGAAGAAAGAAAUAUUUGAGGCAUGUCUUCCUCUUUGAAGAUCUUAUCUUAUUUAGCAAGACAAAGAAGAUUGAUGGGGGAUAUGACAUCUAUAUGUACAAACAGUCAUUCAAGACUGCUGAGAUUGGAAUGACGGAAAAUGUUGGAGAUAGCGGUCUGAGGUUUGAAAUCUGGUUCCGACGGAGAAGAAGAUCCCAGGAUACAUACAUCCUUCAAGCAAACUCAGCAGAAAUUAAAGUYGCGUGGACUGAUAUCAUAGGAAAGAUUCUGUGGAGACAGGCUUUGAGGAAUCGAGAACUCCGCAUACAAGAGAUGGUGUCCAUGGGAAUAGGCAAUAAACCUUUUAUGGAUAUCAAACCCAGCGAAGCAGCCAUAAGCGAUCGAGCAAUUGACUACCUCAUGAAGGGAACAGAGUCAAGAUCUCGAGCAUCGAUAGCAGUGUCCUCAUUUGACCACUCCACGCCAUUCAAGAGACCCCAUUCCACCAUCUCUAGUAGCAGCACGUCUUCUUCUGGCAGCCAGUCAUCCUCCUCUAUUCUGGGCUCCCUGAACCUGCACGUCUGCUCCAGCCCCUCUCAUUCAGGCUUGCUAGGGCUCCCCUCCUACCACUGGUCUUACGAUAUUAGGAGCUGCAUUGAGGAAGAUGACCUGGAGCAGGAGACAGGAAGCCAGCCUUCAAUGAUCACAGAGAGUUCAGAAUCAUCCCAGUGCACCUCGGGUGAAAGCGUGAGUGGUUUCAGUACUUCUGCCCAUUCUGAGGCCCAUCUUCCCACAGAGACGUUUCUGGAUGAAUGUGUUUCAAGUGCUAAUUCCAAACACUCCUSUCAGUGCCUGUCUCCUGUCCUCCCUGAGAGGAAUCCCAGAUCAAAGUACAACAGUCAGUAUGUUACAGCUCUCUGAUUCACAUGACAAUGAGGACUUUCUCAAGUGGUGCUGAUCCUGCUUUUCCAGAUAAUCCCACCUCAGCUUUGCUGUGGAGAAAGCCCUGCCACACUUCAUGGAUUUAAUUAUUUUGAAGUGAAUUCCUUGUGGAGUAGCUUAGAAGCAGCAAAAGAGAAAUCCUAAAAUCUUUAAAUGACCAAAGAAGGGACAUCUUUGUUAUUGUCUGUCAUUCUGAGGAAGAGUAUUAUUUCUGCAUGUGUGUAUAUAUUUGUUUUCCAGAGCAUAAUUUUGCCUUCAAAUAGAUGAAAGGCAUCAGAGACUUUACUAAAAAGACUGUAAAAUGAAAUAGCUAGAACUUGUCUAAGUGUUAAGUGGUUUUUUUUUCUGCUUUAACCUCCAGUUCAUAUAUAGCAGAUUACAGGGUAGAUAGGGUAGAUGUUACUAUAUUUUGUGUAAUUUUGUAAAUGUUGAAAAUGGCAUUAAAUAACUGAUUCCUGUAUAAAAAGAAAAAUGUACAAAUUUCUUGAAAUUUUUGUAAAUAUAGUUUUAUUASCUUCCAAAAUUGAAAUGGCCAGUUAGUAAGACAUAUGCACAAGUUAUACUGUACUUACCUAGUGCCUUCUAAUCAUUCUAAAAGUUCAAAUAAACUGAGCUAGUAUAACCUGGAUUGUUACUAGAAURAUGCAACAUUUAUAGAGGUAAAAAGAAACGAAAUAAACGUUUGUAACCAUUUUUUUUUUUUUUUGUAUAUGAAAACAUGAUAGCUCGUUUGCUUGGGAAGACAAUGUGRCUUUUUACUUCAGACUUUUCCAUAAUUCUUCUUUUUUUUUUUUUUAAUGAAA